CCUCUAAUAGAGCUUUAUUUGGGCUUCUGUAAUGGUUUCUGGAUAUUACUACACAAUUAAAAAUCAGUCAACUCAACUUGCCUUUGAAAAGUCUGUUUUGAAAUGGGUUUCUGGAGAGGAGGGGUAAAUUAUUAUGAUUUCAUUCUUACAUAAAACUUUCAGAUCGUUGUAAAGGUUUCUUUCAUGGAAGGAAAAAAGCUACCCAGAAAAACAGACUUGAAAGGAGGACCCUUCCAAAGUGAAUUCUCCCCUCCCAUUUACGUACAAGGUGGAUAUCCCCUAAUCCACCCGCCCCACCCACCCCCAGACUCUCACACUGACAGAAAUGUCCUCUUAGGAAGAACGGGGCCACACCCCUUCGUUCUGUAGCAAAGCCCUCUUUAGAACUCAAGGGUAUGGCGCCAUACCCAGGAAGGAGGGGGCCUGUUAAAGGAAGGGCACACAGACAUUGUCUGCUACAACUCAGAGCAAACUACUUAUUUAUGAGUUGGGUGAAGACUUUGUAGAAAAUGCGCGCGCUCAGCCCAGGAUAAGAAGACUGGAGUCGAGUUUAUCUAACGGUUUCUGAAACUGGGCGUUGGAGACGAACCUCUCCAAGCAACCAAAGGCCAGUGAUUCAUUUCCAGUGAUUCACGGUUCCCUCCCCCUGCAUUCUUUCUAUCCUCCCUGCGACUCUAGACCGUCCGAUUCCGGACAAAACCUGCAGGGUCCCUAGACGCAAACGACAGCCCAGCAGGAUGAAUGAAUUCGCAGAACCGAGCCCAUCCCUCCUCUUCCGGGAGGCACAAAAGGGAAGUAACAAUGGCCCAAGAACUUCAUUUUUGGAAGUACACGCCCCCUCUUCCCAAAUCUCAAGCUCUCUUUCUCGCUGCCGUCUUUCCUUACCUCGGAGAGAGCUCUCUCCCUCCUUCCCUCCUCCCACUUGGCCAAGGGUCUCUCUUUAUUAUGGUCCUUCCUGGCAAAGUCCUUUUGGCUCUUCACGCCUCCCCUUCGCCCCUUUGGCUGAAAACCCAGGUGCUCUACCCAACUCCUCCUAACACGCCCCUUUGUUAGAGUUUCUUAGCCCUCCUCCUUUUUCAAUCUGGAGUCCCGAGUGGGUCUCUCAACUUCUCUAAGUUUUUCCCCCAAGUCUUUACUGUGCCCAAAGGUGAGAAUCACCCUCUCCUGUAGGGGGUAAUCAGCAGGAUUCCGAGCCCAGCUUCAGAAGUAACGGGAUUGGGCUCUCCGCCCAGUUGGGGGAGAUGGGGGAGGGCUAAGGGCGGCACCCCCGCCCAUCCUCACCCCACCCCUCCACACACCCCUCUCCGUUCCCUCCCUACUCUGUCCUUUCACUCUGGGCCCCCAUUGGCUGGCGAGUGGCCGGGGAUUGGCCAGCUGCAGGGGCCCCCUCUACUGAUAUAAGUAUCGCUAGCAAAGCGGGGUCCCGCUCUCUGCUGCUCCAGUCGCCCAGGUCUUUGCGUCCAGCUGCAGCUAGCACCGCCACCACCGCGCCUCUCCUUUUCGAUUGCGCUCCACGCCGCAGGCACUGCCCACUAGCCCCAGCAGCCUUCCAGCCAUGUCCAACCGAUCGGUGUCUUCUUCCUCUUACCGCAGGAUGUUUGGCGGUAGCAGCACGGGCGGGCGGCCCAGCGCCAGCCGCAGCUACGUGACCUCGACCACCCGCUACAGCCUGGGCAGUGCCAUCCGCCCGAGCACCACCCGCAGCGUGUACUCCUCUUCCCCGGGCGCCGUGUACGCCACGCGCUCUUCGGCGGCGCGCCUGAGGAGCAGCGCCCCGAUCCCAGGAGUGAGGCUGCUCCAGGAUUCCGUGGACUUCUCCCUGGCCGACGCCAUCAACACGGAGUUCAAGAAUACCCGCACCAACGAGAAGGUGGAGUUGCAGGAGCUGAAUGACCGCUUCGCCAACUACAUUGACAAGGUGCGCUUUCUGGAGCAGCAGAACAAGAUCCUGCUGGCCGAGCUAGAGCAGCUCAAGGGACAGGGCAAGUCCCGCCUGGGGGACCUGUAUGAGGAGGAGAUGCGCGAGCUGCGCCGGCAGGUGGACCAGCUCACCAACGACAAAGCCCGGGUGGAGGUGGAGAGGGACAACCUGGCCGAGGACAUCAUGCGACUCCGAGAGAAGUUGCAAGAGGAGAUGCUACAGAGAGAGGAAGCUGAGAGCACCUUGCAAUCUUUCCGACAGGAUGUUGACAACGCUUCCUUAGCGCGUCUAGACCUGGAGCGUAAAGUUGAAUCCCUGCAAGAAGAGAUUGCCUUCUUGAAGAAACUUCAUGAUGAGGAAAUCCAAGAACUACAGGCUCAGAUUCAAGAGCAACACAUCCAGAUUGAUGUGGAUGUUGCCAAGCCCGAUCUCACCGCAGCCCUGCGUGAUGUCCGUCAGCAGUAUGAAAGUGUGGCCGCCAAAAACCUUCAGGAGGCUGAGGAGUGGUACAAGUCCAAAUUUGCUGAUCUCUCUGAAGCUGCUAAUAGGAACAAUGAUGCCCUGCGCCAGGCUAAGCAAGAAUCUAAUGAAUACCGACGACAGGUGCAGUCCCUCACCUGUGAAGUGGAUGCACUUAAAGGAACUAAUGAAUCCCUGGAACGCCAGAUGCGUGAAAUGGAGGAGAACUUUGCUGUUGAAGCUGCUAACUACCAAGACACUAUUGGUCGCCUGCAGGAUGAAAUCCAGAACAUGAAAGAAGAAAUGGCCCGUCACCUCCGUGAAUAUCAGGAUCUGCUGAAUGUCAAGAUGGCUCUUGAUAUUGAGAUUGCUACCUACAGGAAACUGCUGGAGGGAGAGGAGAGCAGAAUUGCGCUGCCUCUUCCAAAUUUUUCUUCCCUGAAUCUGAGAGAAACCAACCUUGACUCACUCCCUUUGGUUGACACCCAUUCAAAGAGAACACUCCUAAUCAAGACUGUGGAAACUAGAGAUGGACAGGUCAUCAAUGAAACUUCUCAACACCAUGAUGAUCUGGAAUAAAAAAGUACAUGCAGACUGCAGUAGAAUCUUACCAGCAAGAAGACCUGAGAAUUCCAUAUGUUAAAGAAACAGCUUUUAAGUGCCUUUCUGCAGUUUUCCAAGAGCGCAAGAUAGAUUUGGAUAGCUAUAAUGCAAUAGGCUUUAGUUCUUAUGAACUGACCCUUGUAAAAGAUUUAGAAAGUUUACAACAAAAUCUAGUUUACAAUGAUAUCUUGUGCUACAGUACUUUUUUAAGAAGCAUUUUUGAAUACAAUAAAACUGCUUUUUAUUUCCAGCCAGUGUCUGACCAACCUAUUAUGCUUCAAUAAAUCUUUGGAAACUA